AUGGAUUUCCUGGUCGUUCUCUGUAUUCUUUGUCGUGUGUGCCAUGCAGCAAGUGUGAAUUUCAGUGAAGUGCUGGAGGUUGUAGCCUCCAGUCGGGGUGUGCCUGGCUGUCAGGGUGAAGUAAUACAGCUGCAGCUGUGUGCUGCCCGCUUUAGCAUCACUGCGGUGCUGGCCUCGGCCACGGAUCAAAGCCAACACAACAACUCUGUUCAUCGUUCCUGCUGUCGAAGAGGGAGGAUGUUCACUGUUAAUGCAGGCAAGGCCACACAGGUGGUAAUCAAGGCCAUUGAAAGUCCAAACAAAGAUGAUGACACACAGUGGCUGACCUACUGGGUUGUGUAUGGUGUUUUCAGCAUAGCAGAAUUCUUCUCUGAUAUCUUUCUGUCCUGGUUCCCUUUCUACUACAUGCUAAAGUGUGGCUUCCUGUUGUGGUGCAUGGCUCCAAGUCCUUCUAAUGGGGCAGAGUUUCUCUAUCAUCGAAUUAUCCGGCCUUUCUUCCUGAAGCACGAAGCUCAGCUCGACAGUGUUGUUAAAGACCUGAAAGACAAGGCUGCAGAGACUGCAGAUACCAUCACUAAAGAAGCCAAGAAAGCAACAGUGAACUUACUGGGUGAAGAAAAGAAGAGCACUUAAACUAUUAACUGGAUGAAGUUUCCUUACCACCUCCUUUAUGAAGCUUGAUGUUAUUGGGAACUGUGGUAUAAAUUUAAUAAUAUUGCCUUGGAAACAUUUUGAUAUAUUACAGGAAUGUGCUUUAAGUUUGCUUACUACUUUGCUGUGUCUGUAUAGAAAGUAAGCAUUUUUAUUUAAAAGCAAUGCAGUGAGCAGCAUCUGAAGCUUAAUGAAAACAUUUUAUUCAUCUCCAUGCAGAAGAAAUCUUCCAGUAAUCUCUUUCUGCAGUAACAUAAAUAAAAAGUAUAUAUCCCACAGGCACUGCA